GCAGGCGCUGGGCGCAAAGUGUAAUAGCUGCGAGUUUUUAACUAAGAAAACUGUCGUCUAAAGUAACUUUACCAAACAGAAACCCGCGGAAUUUUCGGUGCGUGGUUAUUUUUCUGUUUGCUGCACUUCCCAAAUGCACUGGGCUCGAGUGAUGUGAGGAGCUGUAUUCAGGAUGACGCUGCUGGCAGGAGACAGUUCAGAUUAUGAUUACAGCGCCCUCAGCUGUGCCUCUGACAACUCCUUUAAUCAAACAAUCUACAAUGAAACACAGACUCUGAAAGGUGUGUUUUACAGUAGAGCCCACCACAUACACUCUCAAGACUAUUUGUAUACCAAUGCAUUCCCAGAGGAUCGGAAGCACCAUGUUAUAAUAAAUGUUGGAGGAAUAAAAUACUUAUUACCAUGGACCACACUGGAUGAUUUUCCUUUAACACGUCUGGGGCAGUUGCGAUUUUGCCACAAUUUUGAUGAAAUAAUGAAAAUCUGUGAUGAUUACGAUGUGACAUGCAAUGAGUUUUUCUUUGAUCGGAACCCAGGCACCUUUAGGACGAUCUUGACUUUCCUGAGAGCUGGGAAAUUGAGACUUUUGAGAGAAAUGUGUGCCCUUUCUUUCCAAGAGGAAUUGUUGUACUGGGGCAUUGAAGGUGACAAUUUAGAGUGGUGUUGUCGUCGCCGAUAUCUGCAGAAACUUGAAGAAUUUGCAGAAAUGAACACUAUUGAGGAAGAUCUGGCAGAGGGUGAAAGGAUGGGCGAUUCUGUUGAACCAUCAGGAUGUAAUCACUUCAUGACAAAACUUAGGGAUAUGGUGGAAAACCCUCAGUCGGGACUCCCAGGAAAAAUCUUUGCCUGCCUUUCUGUUAUUUUUGUGACUAUUACUGUAGUUAACCUAUCCAUCAGCACCAUGCCUGACCUCAGGGCUGAAGAGGAUAAAGGUGUAUGCUCACAGAAGUGCUACAAUAUUUUCAUUGUGGAAACUGUCUGUGUAGGCUGGUUUUCACUGGAGUUUAUGUUACGAUUCAUUCAGGCUCGCAGCAAAUUUGUCUUCCUGAGGACUCCACUCAAUAUCAUUGACAUUGUAGCCAUCUUACCCUAUUACAUAACUCUUCUGGUGGACACCACAUCAGUGGAAAAUGGAAAACCAGGAGGAGGAAGCAGUUACAUUGACAAGGUGGGCCUGGUUCUGCGAGUCCUCCGUGCCUUGAGGAUUUUGUAUGUCAUGCGCCUUGCCAGGCACUCCCUGGGACUACAGACACUGGGGCUAACAGCGCGCAGGUGUACCCGUGAAUUUGGUCUCCUUCUUUUAUUCUUGUGUGUGGCCAUUGCACUCUUUGCCCCAUUGCUUUAUCUUAUUGAGAAUGAAAUGUCUAGUUCACAUGAGUUCACAAGCAUACCAGCAUGUUACUGGUGGGCUGUUAUCACCAUGACGACAGUUGGCUAUGGAGAUAUGGUGCCUCGAAGCAUCCCAGGCCAAGUGGUGGCACUAAGCAGUAUUUUAAGUGGCAUCCUUCUCAUGGCCUUCCCUGUAACCUCCAUCUUUCACACUUUCUCUCGCUCAUAUGUGGAGUUAAAGCAAGAACAGCAAAGAGACCAGAGAAGAUUACAGAUUAUGGUUAAACCUAAACCACAGAUGAACAUUAUUUCACAAGAAAAUGAGAACUUAUUUUCAAGUCUCUCUUCAGAACCAUGAGAAAACUAAAGAACAAUUGAAAAGCAGAUGUGAGAAACAACUUUCAUUUGUGGAACAUGGUGCAUUUUCUUUUUGCAGGGAAUGAAAUUUGAGUAGCAAUCUGAUGUUUAGAAUUCAUACUUAUGAAUACAAUGAUUUUUUUUUGAGAAUGUAGCAACUUACAACCUUCCAGACAGUAGGCCAAAUACUUAAGUGUGAUUUCUAGGUAUAUAUUUAAAUUUAACCUAUAAGGCACUAGUGAGACAAAUUUACAUUGUGUUGAAUGCUGGCAAGAUUUAGCAUGAUCAAGCUGAACAGUUGCUUCAGCAAUGAAUGUCACUCAGCAACCUAGAAAUUGUUACCAAAUUAUAAUCAUAACUGAAUAUUUGUAAUAAACCACAACACCUCACACAAGGACUGUCAAAAGUAACACAUAACCACCUACCAUUAUUCUACAUUAACGUGAUGUUGAUGAGGAUUGCCUGAAAUAUUUGAGGAAGCAGCAGAUUUUUUUUUAAGGAGGUUUAAUUCUAACCAUUUACCUUCCCAAACACAAAUUGUGGUUCACAUGGAGCAAUCUAAUUGGUCAGGGGAGCAUGGAAAUAAUCCAAAAACUGAAACAAAACAAAACUGAAAUGCUUCAAAAAAAUUGCAUGGAAUUUACAUUCUCAGCAAACAAGGAUCCUGCAAUGAGUACCUGUACUAUAAACAAUUUAUACAAGAUCAAGUUUUAAAAUCUGAACUUUGAAAGAUAUUUCAUUCUUGAACACUAUACAGUCAAUUUUCAGAAAAAAUCAUGUGAUCUGGCUGCCAAAUGUUGCUAAAUUGUUUAAAUUACAGAUAGCUCUAUUUGAACGUGUGAUUUCUUUUGUUGAACUAUUUGGCAAAUUUUAAGAUAUUUUACAAUCCCUGGUGACUGCCUUCAGAAUCGGCCAUAUGCUUAACUCUUCGUUAAGACGAUUCAUUUUGCUGAACUGCCUAAAAAUAAAAAUUAUGUCAGACUUCUUUGUGCAGGGCCACAAACUGGAAGCUAUGCCAGCUUUGAGUUGGUGGUGUCACAGGGUUUCUUGUGGAUUUGCUUCAUUGUUAUUGAUGUUAACACUGAAUUAACAUUUGCCAUGGAGCACUUACGUAGCUAACAACACAGAAACAGGUUAUUUAUCUCAAAUGGUUUGUGCUGUUACUUAUCCCCCACACAAGCCACCUUCUAAUCCUUUCCAUCUAACCUUAUCAUUUGUAUGACAUUUCUAUUCAUUCCACCGUCAUCUAUUUAUCCAGGUUUCCCUUUAAAUGCCAUUUAUAGCAACUACCUUUUUCUCAUGAUUGCAGAUUUUAUGUUUCCAUUACCCUCUGGUUAAGAUGCUUCUGUUGAAUUUUUAUUAGAUACUGUUGUGUAUUUAUGGCUGCUUGUUCAGCUCGCUCCCUUAAGACCACAAAACACAGCAGUAGAUUUACAUAGAAGCACAAAUGAUAAGACCAAGGGUAGGCCAUUGACAGCUCAAGUCUACUCCAUUUCAUUAUGACCAUGUUCCUCUCAUUCAACACAAUGAAUUAUGAAUCAAACUUAAUGAAAUCAUGGCUGAUCAGAUAAUCCUCAAUUCCCACUUUCCUAUCGUAUCUCCCAUUACCUUUGAUUCUUUUAAUGAUUCUAUAUUUUUCUGUUUCAGCCUUGAAUAUAUUGAAAAGUCCAGCCUUAACUGCUUUGUAAGAUAAAAAAUUCCACAGAUUUGCUACCCUCUGAAAGAAAAAGUUCCUCCUCUGCCUUAAAGAGAAAGCCCCUUACUCUGAGUUUAUAUCGUCCUGCCUUACAGUAUGCCCCAACAGGAAACAGCUUCUCCGCAUCUACCUUGUCAAGCCCCAUGAGAAUUCUGUGUUUCAAUAUGAUUUCCUAUCAUUCUUCUGUAUUCCAAUGAGUACAGACCCAACCUACUCAACCUUUCCUUUAUAAGAAAGCCCCUCUAUGUCUGGGAUCAGCCUAGUGAAAGUUCUCUGGACUAAUUCCAAUGCCAGUGUAUCUUUCCCUUUAGGCUAGGGGCCCAAAACAAUCCACAGUAUUCCAGCCAUGAUGUGACCAGUCUUUUACUGUUUUUAUACUCCAUUCCCUUUGAAAUAAGGAGCAACAUUAUAUUUGCUUUCCCAUUACCCACUGAAUUGAGAUGCUAGUUUUUUGUGAUUUAUACACUAGGCACCCUAAAUACCUCUGAACUGCUGCUUUCUGCAGUCUUUCCCUGUUUAAAUACUUGGUUAUUCUGUUCAUCUGUUACAUAAUAUUCAGUUAUUCUCCAUGCAAAAGUACUUAACGUCUCACUUUCCACACUAUGUUUCAUCUACCAAAUCUUUUUCCUCAGUCACUUAACCUGUCUAUAUCCCUUUUGUAGACAAAAUCUGCCAUCUUCAUUACUUGCUUUCCCACCUAUUUUUUGACCGUAGACUUAACGAUAAUAGUUUAACUUUUGUCAUGCAAGUUAUUAAUCUAUACUGUAAAUAAAUGUUGCUCCAACACUGAUCCCUGUGGCAGUUAACAAGUUCCAUAGAAACAUAGAAAACAGGCACAGAAGUAGGCCAUUCAGCCAUUUGAACCUGCACUGCCAUUCAACUCCUGGAAAACUUCCAGUAUUUAGGUUUCAAUCGCUAUCUGUGACAGUGAAUUCCACAGGCUCCUCACUUCCUGUGGAGAAAUUUCUCCUUAUCUUAGUGUUCUAUCCUUUGGCUGUGACCCCUCUUUCUGGACUCUCCGAUCACCAGGAACAAACUUCCUGUAUUUACCCUGUCUAAUUCUGUUGGAAUUUCACAGGUUUCUGAGAUCCUGUCCUCAUUCUUUUAAACUCCAGUGAAUAUAGUCCUAAUCAACCCAGUCUCUGUCUUCAUUCGUUUGUCCUGCCAUCUCAGGAAUUGGUCUGGUAAAUCUUUGUCACAGUCCCUCUAUAGCCAGAUCAUAGUUCCUCAGAUAAGAAAACUAAAACUGCACACCCUAGGUGUGGUCUCACUAACGCCUUGUAGAAUUAUAGUAAGGCAUCAGUGCUGUACUAGAAUCCUUUCGCUAUGAGAGUCAAUGUACCAUUGUUGUCUUCACUUUAUGCUGCACCUACAUGCUUCUUUUCAGCAACAGGUGUACAAGUACACCCAGGCCUCAUUGUAUCUCCCUUUUUUCUAGUCUAUCAUCAUUCACAUAAUCGACCUUCGUGUUUUUGUUACCGAAGUGGAUAAUAUCACAAUUAUCUGCAUUAUGCUUCAUCUGUCAUAUGUUUGCCCACUCACUCAACCUGUCCAAAUCACACUGAAGUAUCUCUGCAUCUUCCUCACAGUUCACCCUCCUACCUAGUUUUAGGUCAUCUGCAAGGGUUGGAAAUAAUGCUGUUAGUUCCCUCAUCUAAAUGAUUAAUAUAUAUUUAGUGUUGAUGCCCCCUUUAUCCCAAUCCUCUGUCUUCUGUUAAUUGGCCUAAGCUCAACUCGUUCUAAGAUAUUACUCUUACUAAGUAGCAUCAUUUGCAGUACCUUAUCAAAUGCCCUUUUGAGAUCCAAAUGAAUCAAAUUUACUGGUUCCCCUUGUCUACACUGCUUGUUACCUCUUCAGAGAACAUGCAAAUUUGUCAGGCACGAUUUCUUUUCAUGAAGCCAUGCUGACUGUGCUUGAUUACAAUAUUUUUUUCUGAAUGCUGUGCUAUUACAUCACUUAACAGUCUAUUGUUACCUAUUUUUGUCUCCCUCCCCUGCAAAUAAGGUUGUUAGACUGGCAGUUUUCCAAACACGGGACUUUUCCAAAAAUCUUGAGAUUCUGGAAGUUUGCAACCAGUGCAUUCACUACCUCUUACUUUAAAAUCCUAGCGGACUUAGCAGCCUUCAGUCUCAUGAGUUUCCCAGCACAUUUUCUCAAGUAAUAAUUAUUGUAUACACAUUUCCUUCCACCACUUCCCUACCUAGCCUCUCUUUAGCCUUUUGAUUAUUUAGUAUUUUUGAAUGCUGUUGGAGUGCUUUACCAUGAAGAUUGAUGCAAAGUAUUUAUUCAACUCAUCCUUCAUUUACCGCAUCCAUAUUGUUUUUUCGGCAGUCUUAUUAUCUAAGAAGCCUAUGUUUACUGUUGCCUGUUUCAUUCUUGAAAAAUAAAGCUCUUACUGUCUGUUUUUACGUUAUUGGUUUGUUUGCUCUCAGGUUUAUCUUCUUCUUCUUUAUUUUUUGCAUAAUUUUUGUUGGCUUUCAAAACUUUCCCAGUCACCCAAUUUACUUUUAAUGUCUUUCUUUCAGUUUUCCUACAAUUUCAUACUUCCCUGCUUAUCCACUGAUGGUUUAUCCUUCUUCCUCACUGGGAUAUAUCUUUGCUGUGAGACAUAAAUGAAACUAUUUUAAAUAUCUGCCAUUGUUAAUCACUUCUUUUCUCAGCCCACUGCAGUCAAUUUGCCCUCAUUCCCAUGUGAUUAUCCUUAUUUAAGUUCAGCAUGGUUGUUCCUGAUCCAAGCUGUUCACUUUUAAACUGAAUGCUGCCAUGUUGUGGUCAUGUUCCCAAGGCAAUUCCUUAUCUGAGGUCAUCUGUUAAACCUGCCUUAUUACAUUACUGUAUAAUGAGGCAGAGAGACUGCCUUGUCAAGCUAUUGUGUAAUCUUAACCUCUUUCAGAUCACUCCUCUGCCGUUUUUUCUUUCCUUGAAAAAGAACUCCAGUCAAUCCUAAUUGAUACUAUUCAAAUGUUCUGGUCUUAUCUUUAGAAAUUAAAUUUAAUCAAAUUUGCUGUAAAGUUGGUAGGAAUCUCGCCCAUAGUGCACAUGAAAAUGAUAUAGUAACAAUGCCUGAGGAGAAAGCUUCAUACUUGGCUGCAUGAAGUUAGUACUGGUUUUUAAAAUUCCAUUACUUUACAAAAUAUUUAGAUAUGCACUUGCAACCCAAGGCAUACAAAGCUAUGGGCCAAGUGCUGGUAAAUGGGGUUAGAAUAGUUGGGUGCUUGUUUUUGACCAACACAGUCAAUGGGUGAAGGGCCUUUUUCUGUGACGUAGACCUCUAUGAUUUCUAAGUUAUCAACUGGAAUUAUAUAAUCUUCCCUAGUGUGUAGACAUUACUGAAGAAGAAUACCCAAUAGUGACACAGUAAGCAAACAGGAUAUUUUGAUGUGUCGAGAAUCAAUACUAUAUCAGAGAAAUAACAGUUAAACUGUAGAUUAUACGUGGUGCGUUGCUAAUACAAUCAUGAUUUUUACAUUAUAGAACUCAGCUGAGAACAUCUUUACAUAAAACUAUCCAAUUAGUCUGGAUCCCUUAAGAAAUCAUUAUCAAAGGAUUUUCUAAGAUAUACUUAGAACGACAGAAGUUUGCAGCAAGAAAGGAAGUCCUUUGUCCUUUUGUUUCAGUGAUGAGGUAAUCUAAAACAAAUUUCAUUCUCCCCAUUUCCACAAUCUGAUAUAUUCCAAUGCUUCAAAUAUUUAUCCAGUUCUUUACUUUAAAAAUGCAAUGGUCUCUUAUGUGUCACACUCUUAAUGACACUUUUAGGUUGAUGACACCUUGUCAUCAAUUCCCCAACCAAAGGAGAUCUUUUUCCAUGUUCACUCCAUCAAAACCAUUAUUAAAUCUCCUCUAAUCCUUCUCUGCAGUUGCAGCAUCUCAAGACUUUCAGUCUAAUUGUAGUUUCCUAUCUCUGUCAAGAAACUUUACACUUUUUAGAUUUAAUGUUUUUGUAAUGGAAUACUUAAAACAGCAGAAUAUACCCUAUUUGAGUUUUGAUACAUGAAUUGAUUUAGUGGAGAAACUAUCUUUUUAAAUAAUUAGAUCAGAAGAUCUACUCUAAAACAAGUCACGUUUUAAAUUGGUAUCUUUUAUCCUGCACAUUGUUUCUGCUUAAAUAAUCCUCCAAUUCAUUUUGGAAAGCCUCAUUUGAACCUACCUCCACAAUACUUUUAGGUAAUGUACUCCAGACCUAACUACGAAGUGAAAAGGUUUUCGUUUGCCUCAUAUUUGCUUCGUUUGCAGAAUACUUUAAAACUGUGCCCCUCUGUUUUUUGAUCGAUUUCUGAGUAGGAAAUUUCAUGCCUUACAUUCUGUCCAGACCCUUCAUUAGUUUGAAAACUUCUAUCAAAUCUCCACUUCGCUUUCUCCUCUCUAAGGAAAAUAGUCCCAACUUUACCAAUCUUUCUACGUAACUGAAGUGUCUCUCUCCUGGAACCAUUCUCAUAGACCUCUUCUGAGGUCUCCUUGCUCUAGUGUUACACCCAGAACUAUACAUAGUACUCUAGCUGAAGUCUAACUAGUGUCUUAUAUACAUUCAGCAUAACUUCCCUGCUGUUGUAUUCAAUGUUCCUAUUUAUGAAGCCAAGAAUACUGUAUGCAUUAUAAACUACUCUGUCUGCCUAUUCUGCCACCUUUUAUUGACUCAUAUGCAUCAUGAUCUAUCUGCUCUUGCACACUUUUUGGGAUAGUAUUCUUUGUUCCUCCAUUUUCUUUAUACCAAAAUACAUCACCUCACACUUCUCCACAUUGAACUUCAGAUAUCACUUCUCUCUCCAUUCCACCAACAUGUCAAUUUCCAUUUGAAAUUUUAUAAUGUCCUCACAGUUCACAAUUAUCAAGUUUUGUGUUGGUCACAAGUUUUGAAAUUGUUUUGUGCGUACCACGACCUAAGUAAUUUAUACAUCAGGGAAAACAAAGGUUCCAAUACUGACCCCUAGAAAUUUCCACCAUAAACUUUCUGUCCAAAAAAAUUCAUCAUUCUGUGUUUCCUAUUCCUCUACCAAUUUUGGAUCCACUUUUCUUCCAUGACUUUUUAUUUUUCUCAAAAUUCUUCUAUGCGGUGCUGUUGGAAACCAUGUGCCCCACAUCAACAUCCUUCAUCUUAUCAACCCUUUCUUUUACUUUGUCAAAAGGUCCCAGAAGGUUAAUUAGACAUAAUUUGUCUGUUAACAAAUCCGUCUGACUCUUCAAAAUCAAUCCACAUUUUCCAUGUCACUAUUAAUUAUCUCAAAUAGUUUCCAGAAGUUUUUCCACUACUGAUGUCACAUUGUCUGGUUUGUAACUGCGGGACUGACCUUUACAAUAUUUUUAACAGAAGCAUAACACUUGCAUUUCUCCAGUACCAUCCCCAAAUUCAGGGAAGGCUGAAAUAUAAAUGGAAGUGCCUCUGUAAUUUUUACUCUUAAUUCCUAUGUCUCAUCUGGUCCAGGUUUCUUAUCAACUUUCAAGUUUCAAUAGCUUUUCAUCACUUUUUUUGAUCUUUCUAGUGACCUGAGAUUUCCUCUUCUGUCACCAUUGCCUGGGCAGCAUCUGACUCAUAGGUAUAGCAAAGUACUCAUUUAACACUUUAGCCUCUGAGUCUAAACCUCCAUUUUUAGUCCCUAAUUCUUCCUUCAACCACUCUUGUUUGAUUAGAUUAUAUUCCCCACAGUGUGGAAGCAGGCCUUUCAGCCCAACAAGUCCACACCGCUCCUUGGCCAUACCACACACCCCUGAACAUUAUGGGCAAGUUAACAUGACCGAUCCACCUAGCCUGCACAUCUUUGGACUGUGGGACGAAACCAGAGCACCUGGAGGAACCCACGCAGACACAGGGAGAAUGUGUAAACUUGUUGAUGUGCCAGUUGAAGACUUUGAAAUUUCCUUUUAGGUUACCAGCCAAUUUUUUUUUCAUAAUCCCUCUUUGCGGCUUGUAUUUGGUUUUUUUUAUCUGCUUUCUGAAAUUUUUGCAUUCAUCAACUGCAUUUGUUUGCCCUCACUUUUCCCUUUGACAAAUUAUACUUUAAAACUGCCCACAGUAUCUUCUCUUUGAAGGUAUGCUAUUGUUCAGCUACUGUUUUACCCACUAGUCUUUGGUUCUCAUCUAUCUGGCCCAGCUUUGUUCUUGCCUUUUGUUGAAGUCUGCUGUGCACCUAUUAAUGUUCUUAUUCUGGACUGACAAUGUCACUUUGUACUGUUGUCCUCAACCUUACAAUAUAGUGAUCACUGUUCCAUAAUGUUUCUCAUUGUCAUUUCGUCUACUUGGGCCACUUCAUUCCUAAGAACUCAGUCAAGCUUCUAGACAUGUAUGACUCACUACUUUCCUCCAUAUGCAAUACUGUUUUUUUAUUUUCCACAUACCCUGAUGCAAUGCAGUUAAACUUGAAACAUCCUUGUAGUAUUUUUUUCAACUUCUUAUAUAAGGAAGUACCCACUUAAUUGGAAAGAAAAUAUUCCUUAGAAAGAACAUACUUCUAAACCUAACAUUGAUCUCAUAAGUUAUUAACACUUUUAAUAAGAUAACAAUGUUAAUACUAACCUGCUGGCAACUUGUGUGAUUUAGUUUUCACACAUAUAAAGUGUAAAAUCACAGACACCUUUAUUUUCUCUUUUCUUUAUAAUGUUUGUUGAUCAAAGGCUGUAAAGCCUUUUAUAAUUUCGGCAAAGGGGAGAUUGUACCUCUCUUCAGCUCUAUCAGUGUUGGAGUGAAUGUUCUUGAGUUGAAUAGUACAACUGCUGAGCAACCACUGCAUAUGCACAUUCUGUGCCUGAUUGUAAACAUGUCAUUUGAAACAUAGAAGCUUUGAUCUGAAUCAUCUGUUUAUAUAUUCUGUAGUUAGGUAAGCAACAAAACAAUCUAUCCACAAAUGCUAAAGUUAUUUACUUAUUAUGUGAACAGUAAAUCAAAUGAAAAUUACAAUCAUUUAAGAAUGACUCAUCAGCUGUAGAGUCAAUAUCCAAGAAUGAACUGUUUCUGUUUCCACAUACCUUUAUUUCCUGUUGAUGGAUAAUCACCACAGCUGUAAAUGAUGCAUGCAGAAAGUCAGUUAUUUAGAUAAUCUGUACCUAUUCUA